GCAUGGCUAAUAGUGACCGGAAAACUAGGAGCUAACAGAACCGCAUGCUCUUCGCUUGAAUGACCACGUUAUAUAGUUGACUUGAUCGUUGACGUGUAAACUUGCAAGGAUUUUCCGAUGUUUUUCCACUUCCAACAAAUUGCAAUUCGUCCGUACUCUCCCAAAGGUUUAAGCUUUGCGAUCCCGAUCAUGGCGGAGAUCCUUUCUGAUUUCGCCGGCAGGUGCUUGAGCAAACUACUAAGUUUUGUCGAGGGCGAGGCGACCAAGAUCCUCGGCGUCAAGGACGACCUCAAGAAGCUCCAACGGAGGCUGCUGCGAGUUCGAGGCGUUCUCGAGGACGCCGAGAAGAAGCGCCACGGGAGCGCAGAGAUCAACGCUUGGGUGAGGGAGAUGAAAGACAUCAUGUACGAUGUUGAAGACUUACUCGAUCUCUUCAAGACCAAGGCUGAGAACCUGUGGGUAAGCCAUUAUUCACCACUCCCGUCUGCUUCUGACUUUUCUUGCCUUCCACUUGCUCGCCAAAUUGCCAACAAGGUGAGGGAAGUCAACGAUAGGCUAGAUGAUAUCUCAGAGGACAGACAUGUGAUGUCUCGGUUGCAUGAAAUCGAUCCCUCUAUUCAAGAGAGUGGUAUCAACACUCGUGAUACUUCGCCUUUACUCAUCCAGUCUGACAUUGUCGGAACUCAAAUUAAAGAGGUUUCUGAGAGCCUUGUGAAAUCCCUGAUAACAGAAAGAGAUGAGGGAUGGAAGAUUUUUGGCAUUGUAGGGAUGGGUGGGAUUGGCAAGACCACGCUUGCUCGUAAUGUCUACAACGACAGCAGGAUCCAUGACUUCUUUCCUAUGAAAACUUGGCUUUGUGUUUCCAAAAGAUUUUCGGGCAACGAGUUGCUGAAAGAACUAAUUAGAAGUUUUGGGGGAGAUCAUGGAGAGGCUAGAAGCAAGGCUGAAUUGGAACUUAAACUUUCUCAUCUCUUACCAAAGAAGUUCUUCAUUGUGUUAGAUGAUCUGUGGAAUGCAAACGUGUGGGAGGAUCUACUGAGAGCUCCUUUUAAAUGUUCUUCUGGUGGAAUCUUGAUCACGACAAGGGAUGAAAGGGUGGCGAGACAAAUCGGAGCCAGUAGUAUUCAUUGCGUUGAGAAGAUGGAUAAGCUCACUAGUUGGAUGCUGCUUUCCACAAUGGUUUCUAGAGAUGGAGAAGAUGAAGAUCUGUGCCAACUAGAAGCAAUUGGGGGAGAAAUUGUCAAGAAAUGUGACGGUCUUCCUCUUGCCAUUAAGACAGUUGCUGGUGUUUUGAGGUCCAAGGAAAGAUGCGAGAAAGAAUGGAACAAAGUUCUUGAAAGUGAAAUAUGGUCAAUGAAUCAGCUUCAAGAAGAACUGCCAAGAGCUCUAUACUUGAGUUACGAGGAUUUACCAUCACACCUCAAGCAAUGCUUUCUCUUUUGCUCGUUGUAUCCUGAAAAUCACAUAAUGCAUUAUCAAGAUCUUACUAGGUUUUGGAUCGCCGAAGGAUUUGUGAAACCACAGGGAGAUAGACUGUUGGAAGAUUUAGCCGAGGGCUACUACGAAGAAUUGCUUGGAAGAAACCUUUUACAAAUGUAUGCCAUGUAUUUGGGUAACAGUGGGUGCACUAUGCAUGGACUUUUAAGGUCCUUAGCAGUUUACUUGGUAGAAGAGGAAAGUGUUUCUAUUAGCAACGGGGAAAGACUAGAAAGACAAAAUUCUUUGACAAAAAUUCGUCACCUGUCAGUAUCAAACAUGGGCGAGGAGGUUGCUGUUCCUGAAGAGGUAGCCAGUCAGAAUUGCUUGCGCACUUUACUCGUCUCGAACAGUUUCAAGACGAAGAGGAUUGGAGCUGAUCUAUUUGAAAAGCUGGGUCAACUAAGGGUUCUAUGUAUUGAUGACACUGAGAUUGAUAGAAUUCCAGAUUCCUUGGGAAAUCUGAUACAGUUGAGGUACUUGGAUCUGGAUCGAACAAAUGUUCAGUCAUUGCCAGAGUCAAUUGGAUGCCUCAGAAACUUGGAAACUUUAAAUCUUCAAAGCUGUAGAUUUUUGCACUACCUUCCUGAUGCCAUCACAAAGUUGCAGAAUCUAAGAUGUCUUCGUGUGGCAGAAACUCCUCUAAAUCAUUUACCAAAAGGAAUUGGGAACUUGACAAAAAUCAACCAUCUCGAUGGCUUUCUGAUAGGCCAUGAACGAGAUACACAAAGCCAAGUCGAAGACUGUGCAUUAGAUGAUCUGCAGUCACUUAACGACCUGAGGUUUCUACAUCUGGCGGCGUUGAAGAGGGCUUGCAGAGGAUCUUUGGCACUUGCUAAUAAAACCCUUCUUAAACAUUUGUUUCUGAAUUGGCUGCCACCUUGUGUGGAGGCUGAUCUCACGUGGUGUGGGAACCAGGUAGCAGAGGCUCUUGCCAAGGGUUUUAGUGGGCUUUUUCCUCCUUCAAGCCUAGAAUGUUUUCCAGAGGAAGAGUGCCAUAGGAAUGUGAGGCUCUUUAAUGAGCUUUCUCUGCCAUCAAGCCUAGAGUUACUUUCAAUCUACCAUUUUCUUGGUCAGGAAUUGCCAAAAUGCAUGGACAGAUGCAUGCCAAUGGCUUUCCCCAAUCUGCAAUUUCUCUUCCUUCAUUGUUUCAUAUCGUGUACACAGCUUCCUGUACUCGGCCAGUUACCCCAGUUGAAGUUUCUUUCCAUAGCAAGAGCUGAAGCGAUAGUUACCAUUGGACCGGAACUUCUCUGCGGCCAGUCACCAUCGACCACACUAGCAGCAUUCCCCAAACUUGAAUAUCUGGUAUUCUCGAUAAUGCCCAACUGGGAACAAUGGUCGUUCGGUGAGACUAAGACUGCAAUAACACAUGAGCUGAAACUAUUGCCUUCUCUGAAACGACUGCUUCUCAUAGACUGCCCAAAGCUGAAAGCUCUUCCUGAUGGUCUGCAUCACGCAACCAACCUACAGGAAUUGUGGAUCAAUGGUGCGCAUGAGCUAGGGGCUGUGAAGAACCUCCCAUCCUUGACUACUGAGCUUUUCCUCGAGGACAACAAGAAACUGGAAAAAGUCUCCAACCUUCCCAUGUUGAAAUCACUGAUCGUUGGAUCUUGCCCGUUGCUGAAACGAGUGGAUAGUUUGAGUGCAUUAGAAAUGCUUGAACUACGACAUAAUUCUUCCUGGAGACUACCGGAAUCAUGGUGGAACCCAUCAUUGCGGCACCUCAGCCUUGAUUCCCAAGAAGGUCCCCUCCCAGUUUGGCUACCGGAAACUGCUUGAGCAGCGCAUGAAGGGUUAUGCUGCAUCAGGUGUGCUGCUUGUCAAGUGCAGCUUGUCGCUGCUUCGUAGAUGCUGCAAGGACGGCCCUUACUGGCAUACCAUUCAACAGUUGCCCGGAGUGAUGAUGAAAUCUAAAGAAAGCAGUGCCUACAUGACGUAUACCAAAAAUCCAUUCAAGUAUGAGAGUAAUGCAUCAUUCCGUUGUUAAUCGUUUUUCUUCCUUGCAAGGUGAGGCUAUCCAUAUUUCAUGGAUUACUAAACACAUCCUAAUUUUUCUCUCUCAAAACUAUCCUUAGAUGAAAAAUUUAAAAUACCUUUUUUAUAAAAUUUUUAUCUCCCCUUCUCUCAUUCUCCUUCCUCCGCCUCUCUGUGCCCCUUUCUUUUCUCUCUUUUUCUCUCGUUAUCUAAAUCCUAACAACCUUUUAUAUCUCCCUCCUCUCUUUCUCCUUCCUCCGCCCCAUUCCUUUUUCUCUCUUUUUCUCUUUAUCUAAACCCUAACAACUUUUUAUAUCUCCCAAAACUUCAGUUUUGUAACAAAUCAUAAACACAAUGGACCAUGAAGAUCCAAUUCCCACUAACAAUGUAAAUUUUUUUUCGUUAUUUUCGUCAGUAUAAUUGUAUAUUUGUAUUAUUACGAUUUGAACUGUAGCAGUCUGAAAGUUAUUCAAAUGCACAGUGGUUGGUCAUACCAGGCCAAACACUUUGAGCAAUGUUCGACUUUUAGAAACCGAAUAUAGC